UCUUUUGGUAGCAAGCCAUAGCAACGAAAAUAUACGGAGAUGGCGAAAAUAAUUAUUCUGUCGUGACAAUCGACCUUUGAAGUACACUUAUCUCUCCAGCUAACGAAGACCUACAAGCUAAAGAAACAAAGUGGCCACUUCAGAUCCACAAUGUCGGCUAAGUUGGGGAAACUAACCUACGAUGAGCCUCCGAUGUACCUCCAGCGCCCCUCCUCGGGUCGAUCCCAGGACGUGACCCAUGUCUUGGCCAGGACCUUCAGAGACAUCUUCACAAGAGACUUGGUGGAGCAGGAGACGGUUAAGAAUCUCAACAAGUCUCGCAGCGGAGACGAUUCCUACCAUGAGAAAUACGUGGAAGAACUUAGAAAGGUUCAAGCCGAGCGUGAGAGGCGUAUGGCCGAGGCAGCCAUGUUGGAACGCCACAUCAUGCAAGCCCGAGCCAAGGCCAUGGCCGAGGAUGAGAAGAUACUGAACCGAGCAGCAGAGGGUUGUGAUAUCUAUCAUGACUUGGGGCUUCCUCCAGUUCAAUCUAACCUGAAUGGCUGUUUGGACAGUGAUCUGUUACGCAGUCAUGGACUGAUAGUACCAGAAGAUUUCAGUACUGCUGAACCUCCUCUCACUCAUGCCCCACAGGCUGGAGUAAUGCCCCACUAUGCCGAAGCCACUCAGACGUCCACCAAGCACAUUGGAGGAGGUGAGAAGGGGCAAGCUCAUGAUGCUACUGAUAAUGGUCCUCUCAAGAAACGGUCAGGGCAGAAGAACGAGUCCAAGAACAAGUGGAGAGAGAUGACUUCACCCCAAACACGUGAGAGGAAUCGUAAGGACAUGGCCAUGGUCUUCAGCAAGUCAAACUUUCUCCGCAACCCCCGCCACCGUCCCCCAUCGUCUCAGGGUGGGGGCAGGACGUUGGUCAACCCUAACACCAUCACUCACAAGCUAGGAGGAGCCAAGUCCACUGUUAUUGAUACAGGGAAAAAAGAACCUUCCGUUGUCUUUGUACCCUCGCCCUCUACAAUCGUCUUCAGCAACUAUAAAGUAGGUCAGGUCUACGAGAUGACCCUUGACCUCAAGAAUGUAUCGGCAGCGAGUCGUCCACUCAGGGUCCUUCCUCCAAAGACGGAAUACUUUGCUGUAGGUCUAGGGAAAUUCCCCGGUGAGGAGGGCAUUGUUGCUCCCGGUAUGAGCUGUCAGUACAACAUCCGCUUUAUGCCUGAUGCUCUGAUGGACUUUGAGGAUGAGCUGACGGUCAGCACACAGUCCAGUCAACCAAUCACCGUCAAACUCCUGGGAAAGAGGCCACCACCUCUUCUUACAUUAUCUCCUGUUGUAGACUGUGGUCACUGUCUCGUUGACGGCCCCUCUAACACGGAGUUCUUGGUCAGGAAUCUUGGUGGCAGUGGACGCUUCUGUGUCAUGCCUAGGAAGUGCUGGCCAGCAACCAACUUUUCAUCGGUUGCUACGGGAGACAGGGUCAACCUUCCACCUUUCCAGCUGUAUCCAGCAGUGUUUGAGAUCAUGGAGGGUCAUGCCAUUCCACUACAGGUUUCAUUUAAGCCGACAGAUACCCAAAUCUAUGAGGAAGAAAUCACAGUAGUCUGUGAUAACUGCACUGUCAAGCACUUUAUUCUCAAAGGUGAGGGUCAAAGAGCAAGGGUGCUGCUAGAAUCCGCUUCAGGGAGUGAGACGAAUCCAACCCCAGGAGAGCUGGUGGACGUGACGGCUAAGAAUCAUAUCAGGUUUGAAGAUAUCAACCCCAUGACCUACGUCACAGAGGAACUCACCAUUAGAAAUCUAACAAAUGUGGAGUUGCCAUUCCACUGGCAGCUUGUACGUUCAUCACCAGAGUGCAGGGAUCCCUUCAGAGAGGGAAAGAAAGACGGUCAACAGAUCUCAAGAGUAGCUGAUGAGAGGAACAUAUUCUGCAUUAACAUGGAGAAAGGAGUUUUACCACCCUCUGGAACUGCUGUCACCAGUGUUGCCUUUGCUCCACCCAAGAUGGGUCAGUUUGAGAGUGUUCUACAGCUGGUCCUGAAGAACAUCCCUCGCCCUGCGGCGACCCGCAAGGUCAAAUCAUCCUCAUCCCACCCACGGGGGUCCUUGUCGUCUUCACAGUCGGGCGACACCUCCUCCAAGCAACCUCCCGUCUGCUCCACACCCCGCCCCACCAGCCACACGGCAUCCCAAGCCUUCAUCACACAAAGAGAAGAUGGUGAUGAUGAUGGUGGUGGUGGUGGUGGUGGUAGUGGUGGUGGUGGUGGUGGUGGGAUGGGGGAUGGUGGUGUAGGGGAGCAUGCUGAGGAAGGGGACAGUCUGGGGUUGGAGGUAGAGCUGAAGGGGGUAUGUAAGGAGUACGAGGUCCUGGUCCAGCCCUAUGCUGUCUUCGUCCCCGGUCAAGUGCUACAAUCAACAGCCACCCGAAGGAAGUUUACGAUGUUAAACUACAGCAAGUUUCCCAUCGUCUUCCAUUGGAGCUCUUUGAAGGAUAGUCACAUUAUCGAGGUGCAGACACCCGAGGGUCAGAUACCUCCUGAGAGCUCUGUAGAGCUGGAGAUGACCAUCAUAGGCGGUCAUCCAGGACACAUUGACCACACCUUACACUGUGUUAUUGACCAUCAGGAAUCCACUGUACCACUCAGGGUCGUAGCUGAUGUCAAGGGUCCAGAGGUUUCCAUCGAGACGCCAUCCCUGGACUUUGGCUUGGUACGUCUUGGUCAGACAGUGAGGAAGCAGUUCUAUCUGACCAACGAGAGUCAGGUCUCUGCUCGAUGGAAUCUCAAGGAGAGCGAGGAGUUUCUUCUCAAGGAUCAACAAUCUGGACAGAGUGUAUCGGAGUUUACCAUCACGCCUUCCAGUGGGGAGCUUGGCCCUCUCUUGUCCGUCCUGGUAGAGGUUGUCCUUUCUCCAACCCGCCGUCGGCAGAUAGACUCUGUCAUGGAGCUGACUGUAGAGGGUGGCAAAACUAGGUAUGUUGGUGUGUAUGGUGAGGUCCAGAGCCCUCAGGUGUGUGUCCUGGAGAGUACCCUUGAGCUACCUGAGAUCUACCAAGGAAUCCCUGUUACACACACCGUACAGCUCUUCAAUCAGACCAUGCUUCCUGCAUCGUACCAGUGGCAACAGCCCAAAGGGAAACAGUCAUCAAUUUGCUCAGUAACCUUUGACCCAGAGCAAGGCAUUCUGGGACCACAUGAACAGCUUCCCGUUUCAGUUACAAUUGUUGCCAAAGAACAAGGCCCAUUGUCUGAUGUGUGGAUACCAUGUUUGGUCAGUGGAAUGGUCAAGCCUAUAUUCCUGGCUUUAGUAGGAGAUGUCCAGGGACUGAGGGUGACCUACAGGACACCUGAGGUCAGACCGUCCACUGCACUGGACACAGGAAACAGGCUAUCUGAGGAACCUUCCAAGGACGACGCCCCUCUAGCCCUGGACUUUGGUGAUGAUGUAGAGCUAGCGAACACACCCAAAAGACUGGUCUACCUGACCAACCAUACAGCCAUCCCUGCUCCAUUCUCACUCACUGUGGAUAUGUACUCAGCAGGGAAACCCCCUACUCCUCCUCAGACAGAUAGACCCACUGCAGACAGUCCCAGGAGGCAUGGAGCGUUGCUGAGCAGAACAGCGAACCUAGCAGACCCCAGGAGCAAGUCCUUAGCCCAGAGCCAGACGGACAGCAUGAAGGCCAUCCUGAGGGAGGGCCAAGGGGCAGCAUUCCUGGUCCAACCCUGCUCAGGGAUACUGGAACCGUUCGCCACUCUGGAGGUGGCCGUGACUGCCUAUAGCGACAUGUGGGGGAACUAUACAGACCAGCUCAACUGUGAGGUAUCAAACCUGGAGCCUGUAUGUAUCCCAAUCAGCUUGGGUGUGACUGGCUGCCCUCUCAAGUUUCAGAUGGCGACCAUCAGAGGUCAGAUCCCGUUUGUAAGGUUUGGAACCCACAUCUGUGGUGUGCCAUCCAUCAACAGACCACUCAAGAUCAUGAAUAACAGCCCGUAUGAAAUGCGUGUUGACUGGAGGCUCUUCAACCUCAUGGAAGACGACCGCAAGUUGAUCGACCUUCAGGUCAUCUACGGUGACCCCUUCCCGAUCCUUGACCCCAGUGGUGCAGAGGUCAUCGCGGAGGACGAUGAUGAUGUCCUGGAGAGUGAUCAGAAAGAGGACGGUGACCCUGAGACAGGGGAAGAGGCCGCUGGGGGAGGUGGAGGUGGUGGACUGCUGUCUAAGAUAGCUGAUGAUCUCGAGGCGAGUGAGAAGGAUAGGCCGAAGGUGCUCAGCGUCCUUAUGAGAGAACAUGAAGGCGUACCUGCUGAUGGUCCGUUCAGCAUCGAUAUGAAACAGAUGGUGAUACCCGGCCGUGGGACGGCAAACAUAGUGGCUAGCUUCACACCCGAGGCAUGCCAUCUACUCAGUCAGAGAUCCUCGGACUGUGUCGGUUACGCCCUGGGGUACCUGAGUCUUGAUCAGCCGGAGCUGCGUGGCCAAUCAGGAAGCGUGACCCGGGGUCAAGCGUUCGAAGUGCCCCCUCUACGACUUGAUUUCACGGCUUAUAUCAAGACUGCCUUUGUGAGUGUAGAGACGUCAGAGGAAGAAGGUCUCACCUACCGUACCGCUGCCAGUCAGCUCUUGGACCUGGACCCACCCAUCCCACCCACCCCGACCCUCCACGAUCGCCCCUCUGUACGCCCCUGCUCCCUCCAUCCCUGCCACCUCACCAGCCUAACAGCCACCCUCACCAACAACACCCAGACGCCCCUGUCCUUCCAGGCCGUCACCCCACUACCCUUCCUGCUUCAGAGGAUCGACCCUGUUACGAAGAAGACCAAGAAGGGGACUAUUGUUAACGUGAGGUCAGAGGCCACGGAGGCAGGAGUGCUGUAUUCACUACCGACACAGAAAAACCUGCAGGUAAAGCUUGGAUUCCAACUGGAUCUGGCUUUGAUCAUGAAUAACCUGGAGCAGCUUUGCCUCAAUGAGAGCAAAGAGGGCGUCCUAUUGACCUGCGAGGAAGGGGAACGUAAACUACACAUACACAAGGAUCUCCUGCUCUGCUACACAAACAGCACAGUCCAGAAACUGCCUCUGUAUGCCGUGAUUGUCCUGCCUUCCAUUGAGUUGACCCCCUGGGAGCUGGACUUUGGUGUUUGUCUUGUCGGUCAAGAGAGAAGCUUGAAGGUGACCAUCAGCAACAGGACGUCCUCGGGAUCAUACUGGACAGUCUCAUAUGAUUCUCACAAGACUACAUCGGACAAUGUGUUUGAGGUGUCGCCCCCUGCUGGGUACCUGGAGCCUCACAUCACCCAUGUCUCUGAUAGCAAGACCAUCCUCACCGUCUACUUCACACCACCGCACAGCAUAUCCUAUGCCGGUACGUUUGUCUUCAGGGGUCUGCUCGGAGAGGAGACUAGGCACUUACAGGUCAGAGGUCAAGGUACCUAUGACAGCCGCCAGGAAGCCUUGGUCAACCCAUGAAGAUAAUGGAACAGAAUCAGCUCUCAUUUAGACACUAAACCUUGAUAUAGAACCUUAUUAUUUAUUCACCAUCUUAUUGUAAGGGUUGGUCAAUCCAAGAAAGAAUUAAAGAUGAUAAUUUGGAAAAACACACUUUUUAGAUUAUAUUUUAUGAUGUAUAGCCAGGCUUUCUGAUUCAAUGAUUCAUUUUUCGUGAAAAUAUCCCUAAAUUUACGAA